CUUUAAUUUAUGAGUGAUUUUUUUAGAUGGGCUUAUGAUAAUAGAAAAUAAUUUGCCUUAGACAUAUUAGCAGGAUCAUUUAGUGGGAUGUGUAAUAUAAUUUCAAGUCAUCCUAUGGAUACAAUAAAAGUUCGAAUGUAAAUGUCACAUGAUGGAAUAAUAAAAACGAUAGGCUCUAUGGUGAAAAAUGAAGGAAUAUUUUCAUUUUAUAAAGGAAUGCUUUUUCCUUUCAUUUCUGUACCAAUAUUAUAGGCCACAGUAUUUUCAACUCAUGAAUUUUGGAAAAGGUUCUUUGUAGGUGAUAGUAAAUAAUAAUUAAGUUGCUAUUAAAAGUAAAUAGAAUAUUUAAAUAAGCAUGAUAGCAGGUGGUCUUUCUGGAUUAGCAGCUUCUUUUAUCUCAUGUCCUGUUGAAUUAGCUAAAUGUAGAUUAUAGAUGCAAACUCAAAAUAUUAAUAAAGUAUAUAAGAAUCCAAUGGAUUGCAUGAUUUAGGUUGAUUUUUAGUGAUUUUUAGAUUGCAAGAAAAGAAGGUAUCAACUAUUUGUAUAGAGGAAUGAAUGUUACAUGUUAAAGAGAGAUAUUAGGAUACGCAGCCUUAUUUGUUAUAUAUGAUAUAGUGAAAGAUACUCUAAUGUCUUUAAAAUAAAAAAAGGAAGCUACCAAUUUAGAUAUGUUAAUCUCUGGAGGUUUAGGAGGUAUUGCUUGUUGGACUAUUGGAUAUCCUUAAGAUGUAAGUGAUAAGUCUAUAAUUAAAGAUUAUUAAGACAAUUUUAUAGUGUGACACAGGUAUUGGUAACAGUAGAAAAUAUAAACCACAUGUUUUUGAUGGAGGGUUUUAUAGUUGUUUGGUUGAAUAAGUAAGCAAGAAUGGAUGGAGAUGUUUAUUUAAAGGAUAUUCUGUAUGUAUUUUUAGAGCCUUUUACGCUAAUGCUAUUGGAUUUUAUGCAUUCGAGACAGCUAAAAAAUAUUUAAAUAAAUGA